UUUCCCAUUUGUCACGUUGCUAACUUCAUGCCAAUAAUUAUGCACAAUUAAGACACCUAUCGUAAUUAAAUCAUAAUCAAUUCAUUGAAAUUAUAAUGACAACUCAAUAAUUCGGUUUAAUUAAUAGUAAAUUUGCCAAAUUGUGAUUUUUCAACUCGUGGCUAACUUCACACCAAAGUCAACUGUCAUUUCAGGUUCAUGCAAAAAUAUUUAAUUUCGGAAAAUAACAAUGCCUGAAGUGGAGCCCCGAAAUGUGGUCGAGAAAUUCUUCAAUUCGGUUGCUAAUGUUCUAGUGACACCAACAGUUUGGGUUCGAGAAAAAAUCGUGGAACCCAACCAGAAGAGUUACCCAUGGUACCACCAGAAAUUCCGUCGGGUGCCCACCAUUGACGAAUGUUACACCGAUGAUGUUGUGUGUUACUACGAGGCCGAUACUCAGUACAAACGUGACAGGUUAGUCGACUCAAAUAUUUUGUCGAUUCUGAGAGCCCGUUUCGAGGACUGCACUCUCUAUGAAGCCCCCGAUCACUUGGAAAAGUGUAAACCAAUCUGGAAGCAAUACGAGGAGGCUCAAACCAACUGGUUUAUCAAAUAUGGCGAUUUGGGGGGCUAUCAUAACGUCAAAACCGCCUACAUGAAGCAAAAACAUCGCAUGAUUUGGGAGCGCCGUCACGGUCCCGUCGGUUCAGGUAAAAAAACAGAAUGAAACUGCCUUCAAUGUAGUCCCGGUGUAUAGUAUAGUGAAAUAAAUUGUUAAUUAUUGGAAAA